AUGGCUUCUCUUGGUGGUAACAUAGGUAACAUAUCACCACCAGCAUCACUUUCAGUCACCCGGACACUAUCAGAUCUCAACACCACCAAAUCUAUCAUUAUCACCUCGGUAGCUGUCUUGGCUUGUCUCGCGGCCGUCAGCCAUUCCUCCCACAACCUUUCCGGUUCCUCUUCUUCCGCAAAGAAAGCAACAUCCAAAAAUGACGUAGUAAAGGAUGAGAAUAAGGAUGAGGUAGAGGAUAAUAGCCCAAGCUCCCUCAAAUCCCUCCUCCUCUUCUGCUACUCCUGCUUCCUCAAACCUCACACCACCGCCGGCACAACGGGCACCCAGCAAGAUGCUCUUGAGUCGUUCUAUGGAAGUCAAGCGGGCAUUUACGAUGCCACGCGGGGGACGCUGCUGAAGGGGAGAGAGGAUAUGUUGGCUUUGGUGGCUGCGCAAUUGAGGUAUAGGUUUGAGCUUGGACUUGGAGGAGGAGGAGGAGGAGGGCAGCAGGAUGGCAAGAAAGCUGGUGGUGGGACCGGAAGAAAACCCAUAUGGGUUGAUGUGGGCGGAGGCACAGGCUGGAACAUCGAAGCUAUGGCCAAGCUGGGGUGGGAGAAUGUGAGGGUUGUCUGUAUGGAUGCUCGCAAGUUCCGGCUUGAGGAUUAUGAGGAUGUUGAUGUUGUUGAUGGUGAUGGAGAGGCUGGUUCUGGGUCUGUGCCCUCUUCGCCUUCGCUGUCGAGUUGGUGGGAGGAGGAGAAGCCGCGACUGCGACAUGCGGGGGCUGAGUUGAUUACUAUGUCUUAUAGUCUGUCGAUGAUGCCGGAUUUCUUCUCGAUAACUGACUCGCUCGAGUCUCUGUUGGCACCUCAUGGCUUGAUUGCCGUGGUGGACUUUUACGCCCAGUCGAAAGUCGACUUUGGUUUCCGGAACUACACGGGCGGCCUCGUCAAUCGGCACGUUGGCUAUUUCGGGCGGAACUUUUGGCGAUCUUGGUUCGAUGCUGACCGAGUGUCUCUUGAGCCUGCCCGUCGGGAUUAUCUCGAGUAUCGGUUUGGGACUGUCUUAACUGUCAAUGCCCGCAACUACACGCUCGGAGUUAUUCCUUACUACAUCUGGCUGGGAUGCCACAAAAAGCCGUUCUCCACGUCAAGUCUACCACACGAAAUUGUGGAACACAUCGAUGCCAUAGCGACGGAGUCUCCAAGGUCAUCACCACGUCUAAUGGGCAAGCAUUCUUCUUCUUCAGCAACAACUGCGCUAGCCUUCGCAGUCGACCGCACAGCGCCAGAGAUGCGCUCAAAGGCCUUCAACACGGCCAUCGAGAACAUCUCCGCCAAUUUGCCCUUACCCUCCUUCUUCUAUCAAAAUCACCACUGGAGGAUCUACUACGACGACCAGCUCCCAAAGCACACCCAGUUUAACGACGAAUACAUCUACGCCUUCACCUGGGAAGACUCGCGCGAAGACAAGGAGCUCCUCAACCUAGGCCCGGACGACGUCGUCCUAGCCAUCACCAGCGCUGGUGAUAACAUCCUCUCCUACCUCAUGCAAAGUCCGGCCCGCGUGCAUGCCAUCGACCUCAACCCAUCCCAGAACCACCUGCUCGAGCUGAAGGUCGCCGCCUUUACGGCUUUGGGCUACCCCGACGUCUGGAGGAUCUUCGGCGAGGGCAAGCACCCCGACUUCCGCACCCUCCUCAUCUCCAGACUCUCCCCUCACCUCUCCAGCCGCGCCUUCCAGUAUUGGUUGUCCCAUGCAUACAUCUUCACCAACCCUUCGGGCCGUGGCCUCUACGACACCGGCGGUUCCCGCUACGCCAUCCGUUUCUUCCGGUGGAUCUCCACCCUCUUCUUCUGCCGCCCUGCAGUCCGGCAGCUCCUCUCCGCAUCGACGCUAGAAGAGCAACGGUCCAUUUACCACACCAAAAUCCGGCCCUGUCUGCUCAACCGUCUCGUCAACGGGCUAGUCCUCAGCUCCGACGCCUUUCUCUGGUCUGCAUUGGGCGUGCCCAAGAACCAAGUGGCCAUGAUCGAGUCCGAUUACCAUAACCACCAUCGUUCCAGCCCGGUGAGCAAACAGGCUACUCGUGCGGAAGCAAUCCUCAAUUACACAACCUCCACCCUGGACCCCGUCCUCUCCGCCUCCCACCUCGCCACAGACAAUCCUUACUACCUCGUCUGCUUGUUAGGUCACUACACUUCCCAUUGCCACCCCGAUUACCUUUCCCCCGCUGCGCACUCCCUCCUCAGUGCUCCCGGAGCCUUUGAUGGGCUACGUAUCCAUACGGAUGAAAUACAGGAGGUGUUAGCGAGGUUCAAACCGGGCACGCUUACGGUGGCGGUGGUGAUGGAUAGUAUGGAUUGGUUUGAUCCCGAGGAAGAAGGAAGGAGCGCGAGAGAGCAAGUGAGGAGCUUGAAUAGGGCGUUGAAGGUGGGUGGCAAAGUGUUGUUGAGGAGUGCGGGCGUGGAGCCGUGGUAUGUGAGGGUUUUUGUGGAGGAAGGGUUUGAGGCGAGGAGGGUGGGCUGUAGAUCUACAGGAGGAACAGCUGGGGAAGGGAUGGAGGAGUGUAUUGAUAGGGUUAACAUGUAUGCUAGUUGUUGGGUUUUGGAGAAGGUUGAGGGUUUGGAUGAGGAGGAGUUGGAUCUUGCAUAG